AAUCGUUAUCGGUGCGGUCUCGCAACUCGUAUUGCUGAGCUCCUAUAUAUAUAUUAUUGUUGAUUUUUUUAAUAAUACUGAAUAAAAUGGCAGCGCGAGGUUUAUUACUGAUGGGCCAAUGCAUACCCUGCGUCAAGCAGAAUGCCUCAAAAAUACGCAUACGCCGCAUGGAGCUGGAUAAGAACCUCAAUAUGUAUUUCAAGAAGGAUACUUUCUUUUUUGCACACGAUCCCCAGAAAUUAUGUAAGACCGGCGAUGUGGUGCUAAUUCGUGAACUGCCCGAGCGCAUGACCCGCCUCAUAACGCACGCCGUGGAAAAAGUGGUCUAUCCACUUGGUGACAUAACCGAUCCCAUUACCGGCAAAAAGGUCGUGGUGGGCAAGUAUCGUGAGGACAUUGAGAUGGCCAAUCAAUUAUUUGGCAAGUCGGCGAAGGCCUUUGACUAUGAUAAGGCGCCACCGCGUGGUCGAUUGGAGGGUACCAAGGACUUUACGCACGGUGAGACAUACAUCAAGUAUCACGAGGAUGGCAAGGAUCAACCCUUCGCCGUGUAGUCGUUAUAAUAUAUGUAUGUAAUUAGCCCAUAAGUAGUGAAAGAAUCGUUUGUCAUUUUACUAAAUAUUUUUAUUUAAAAUGUCGAUAAAUGUUUAUGCAUUUUUUUGUA